AUGGCGGCAUCGAUUGAGGCUUCCACGCCCAAUGGCAAAGAUGGCGCUGUUACCAAAGAGGUCCCAGCGAAAGUAGAUGAGAUGGCCCUACCGGAACACGACACAGAGGACAUGUUUGAAGGCACAACUAAGACAGCAUACUCAAAACUCUCGACCACACUCAUGGUCAUCUUCUCUGCUCUGGCUAUCGGGUCCGACGGAUUCAACUCAUCAAUCAUCGGGAAUCUCUCUCUGAUAUUUGGAGUUUUGUAUCCGGAUCUGUCUACGGGGAUGUACUCUCGUCUGUCAAAUGCAUUCAUAAUUGGUAUGAUUAUUGGCAUGUUGGGAUUUGGGUACUUCUCCGACCGACUCGGAAGAAAGAGUGGCGCCAUCUUCACUACUCUGAUCCUGGUGGUAGGAAUUGCAAUGAGUGCAGGAGCAAGCGGCAAGGAUGAAUUGGGGAUGUUCUGGAUGCUGGUUGUCAGCAGAGGCAUUGCCGGCGUUGGGGCAGGAGGAGAAUACCCUGUCUCAGGAGCAGGAGCCACGGAAGCUACAGACGAGAAUUCAGGCGCUCGUAAACAUCGCGGGUUCAUAUUCGCUAUGAUUGCUGAUGUUUCGGCUACCUUUGGAUUUAUCUUUGGCGGCUUGGUGCCGUUGCUGCUAAUCUUGUGCUUUCAUCAGAACGAGGCCCACUACCAUAUUGUCUGGAGGUUAGCACUGGCAUUGGGCGCGAUUCCACCUCUCUCUAUCUUCUGGUUCAGAUACAAGAUGGCUGUCAGUACUGCCUACAAAAAGAGCGCGGCCAAAAAGCAGCAUAUCCCAUACCGGCUCAUCUUCAAGCGAUAUUGGCGCCCUCUGCUCGGUUGCUCCAUCGGCUGGUUUCUCUACAAUUACAUCUCGUAUCCGUUCGGAUUGUUUGCUUCCACCAUUACCGAGCGCCUUGGCAUCGGCAAUUCCCUUGUCAAGAACAUGGGCUGGGGUACGGUCAUCAACUGCUUUUAUAUCCCCGGUGGUAUUAUUGGCGGCCUCUUGAGUGACAAAAUUGGCCGUCGGCGAACAAUGGCUCUCGGAUUUUUUGUUCAAGCAAUCGUGGGCUUCAUCAUCGGCGGUGCCCUUGGAAGCAUUCAAACAGUUUUGCCUCUAUUCAUCGUCCUUUACGGCAUCUUCCUUAGUCUCGGAGAGGUUGGUCCCGGUGCAACACUCAUCCUCACCUCGAGCGAAUCUUUCCCCACCAGUAUUCGAGGCCAAUGCCUUGGCCUCAUCGCCGCAUUCGGCAAAGCUGGUGCAGCUGUUGGCACCUCGGUAUUCAAGCCAAUUCUGGCGAGUUUCGGUGAUAGUACGUAUAAAGGCAACCAAGCUGUGUUCUUGAUUGGGUCAGCAUUUGCCUUGUCAGGUGCAUUCACAUCCUAUUAUCUGAUCCCAGAUAUUAGCAACCGGUUGGAGAAUGAAGAUGAGGUUUGGAAGGCGUAUUUGAGGGAGAACGGAUAUGAUAUCCAGUGGGGUGAGGAGGAUUCUGAUACUAAAGGCUUGAAGAUGGAUGGCAUCGUAAGUUAG